GGCCGGCUCCUCAUUUUUGCAUUUUGAGCCGCGGGGAGCGGGGAGGGCUGCAAGUCAGCUGUGCGCAGUCGAGAACUUACUCUCCCGGAUGGUCUUGUAAAGGCACAGAUUUGAGCAAAGAUGCUGAGGCCCUUGGGAGGAUCUUUCAGGGGCUGGGGGCUGCUUCUCCCAGGGAUUGCUUCUUUCCAGCUCCUGAGAAUUCCCCGAGCUUCUUCCUUCCGGGGCCCUGAAUCUCCCACCCGGUCUCCUUCCUACCUUCCUGGAGCUGGGGAGAGGUGGGGAAGGGAUGGGGUUCUCGGAACAUGGCAGUUUUAACCUUCCCAGUACCGCCCAGACUUCACUGGAAAAUGGUCUUUCGAGACCCCAAGGAGUACAGAGCUUUAGAAUUGCAACCUUGCCAAUGGACCUGAUUGGUUUUGGUUAUGCGGCCCUUGUGACAUUUGGAAGCAUUUUGGGAUAUAAGCGGAGAGGUGGUCUUCCAUCUUUGAUCGCUGGUCUUUUUGUUGGAUUUUUGGCUGGCUAUGGAGCUUACCGUGUCUCCAAUGACAAGCGAGAUGUCAAACUGUCACUGUUUACAGCUUUCUUCCUGGCCACCAUAAUGGGUGUGAGGUAUAAGAGAUCUAAGAAAAUCAUGCCAGCUGGGCUGGUUGCAGGUUUAAGCCUCAUGAUGAUUCUGAGACUUGUCUUACUGCUGCUUUGAAAAUCCGAAGGAACUGAAGACUAAAUUCAUAUGAUUCUACUGUAACGGGCAGAGCAUACACUUUGUAUUUAAAAGAUAAUCUUCAACUUGGAAUGUGAAGUGUCUUAUUUUACAUUAGAAACAACAGAAACACUCCAAAAUGAACGCUAGUUUGAGGGAUUUUUUUUUUAAACCAAAAACUCAACCAUUUUCUACUUGUCAGAUAAUGGUUUCAUUAAAGAUAUUUAAUAAAUCACUAUACACUCUUUCA